AUGGCUUCUCGUAAGGAUGCUACCGGCGACGUCGCUUGCAAGAAGACCAAGGGCUUGAAGAAUCACAAGAGGGCGCAGAAAGAGAAGGCGCUGGCGAAGCGCACCGCCGCCGCCGAGAAGACUACCGCGAACAAGGCCUCGUACGCGCCGGUCGCUACCAUCGUUAUCAUCAAGACUGAACCUAUGAAAGGAGACGUUAUUGGAAAUGCAGGACCGGCGCCCAUGGUAAAGGAUCCUGCGCAGGUCAUCGUGGAGUCGUCCGAUCUUUCUCGAGACGAGUCGUCCAGUCAAGAGAAAGCCGUCACCAACAUCGCGGCUCUUACUGGAACGCACACCAUCACCGAUACCAAGACCGCUACGCUGCAACCGCACCUCUGCACACAUUUGCCCGUGGUUGUAUUCGAAGACGUUCCUACUGGCUCCAAGAACAACACCUUAACCAAGGUAGCCAGCAACCCAACCAAACUCGGACAAGAGCCCGAUAGUAUAUCUUAUCCCAAGACCGCUCCUCCUCCAAAACUCAUCACCACACAAGUCAGCCUACUCAAGACUGCUCCUUCCCCUCCAAAAACCAACACUACACAAACCAGCAUGCUCAACCCCACCGCCCCAGCAUUCCUCUUCGGAAAGACCAUAGUCGCCCAAACCCCACCCGUCGAAAUCACCCCCACAAAAGAAGACACCGCCCCAGGAUGGCUUACCGAAAACGCAAAAGCGUUUGAAAAGGCAUAUGGUGUUGCCGCCCUCCGCAAGGCUCUAGAAGCAGCGCUGUACGAAAAUAUGGAGACGCCGCGCCAGAGGCUGAUUCGCUGCAAGUACAGGGUUUUUGUUGACGCCGAGUUCCAUCGGGAGGAGCCGGUGCAUGACUUGGAGUGGACGCCGGCUCUUAUUGGCAAGCCAGUUCGCAAGUGUUUCGAUGACAACGGUUUUGUGAUCACGCCGAUUAAGACGGGCUUGACUGAAGCUGAUUUGACGGUUCCAUCAGCUCUCGAUGAACUGUUUACGAAAGUCAAAGCCCAAGGCAUUUCCAAAAUCAGCGCUCCUAUCUCCACGGGUUACAAAUCCCCCAACCCCGGUGCUGGAUCAACAAAGCCGCCAAUUCCUUCUCGCACCCUAGCGUCCGUCGAGCAUGAAAUGCGUCUCGCCAAACGCCCUUCCCACGCACCCUCGUUCGCGGACCCCGGUAUCGUCAAGUACACCUUCGCCGGCCAGGAUUUCGACAACGUCGGCAACCCGCUCACAGAAACCGUGAGCCAAAAGGUACUCGGCUGGCUUGAAGACCAGCCAACGGAUCCACCGGAACUCUCACCGGAGCCGAGAGACUUCACCGCUUGA